GCAUGCGUGGUGCUAGAUAGCUCUAUAAAUUGGUGCAACUAUUGGUUGCUCAAUCCAUCGAUCAUUCGCGCUUGCAUUUCAUCGUCUUAGAGAGUUCAUCUUCCCAUGGCUAGAGAGAUGGAGAAGACAAGGAAGGUCACCUCCCCUAAGAUCACUUCAACUAGUUCAGGUCCGAAGAGCCCGCCAAGGAACGGAGGGUCUCCACCUCAUAAGAAGAACAUCACCGAGAGCUCUUCUACUGGUUCAGGUCCGAAGAGCCCACCAAGGAACAGAGGGUCUCCACCUCAUAAGAAGAACAUAACCGAGCCACGAAGCAAAAAUGAGCAGCAGAGCUUCCGUAAGGGAGGCCCAGACUCGGCAACUCACGAUGAGAGCAGACGUCAUUCUCCAACUUCAGAAACCUCACCCAAGAAAUCGACAAAACACGAGCAACCGCUGAGCUAUUGCAGGCUUCACACCGAGGAACGAGCCAUAAGGCGAGCUGGUUACAAUUACCAGGUUGCAAGCAAGAUAAAUACCAUGGAAAUUAUUCGUAGAUUUGAGGACAAGUUAUCGCAGGUGAUGGAGGAGCGUGAGAUCAAGAUGAUGCGGAAGGAGAUGGUUCCGAAGGCCCAGCUUAUGCCAGCGUUUGACAAGCCAUUCCACCCACAGAGGUCGAGGAGGCCCCUUACCGUCCCCAAGGAGCCGAGCUUCCUGAGGCUGAAAUGCUGCAUCGGCGGAGAGUUCCAUCGCCAUUUCUGCUUCAACGGCAGCGGCGGUGCAAAGGCCAUCCAUUGAUACAACAUCGAUUAUGAUGUGUAUUUUUGCCGCUCUCGGUUAUUAUUACUGCCGUGCCAUUCAUGCGUAGUAGUGUUUCAACUCUUGCUUUGCUGCCAAUCGUUUUCACGUAGCUAGUAACGCUUUCUCUUUCUUCUUUUUCGCCCCUCUCUUCUUUUCUCGAUUUCUCUCUUCUUCUUCUUUGAAUUGCACCACUCAAAAGGUUAGGAGAUAAAGAAUGGCUCGCUCAUCAGGAUGUAUGCUGGCUUUACAUGCAUGUAUCUAGAUCUGGUGGUAAUAAUGAAGAAAAAGCUUGCGUUGUACUC